CAACCUCAAAUGUGACUCCUCUAAGAAGAGGCGACGAGGACGCAAAUCCCCUUCAAAGGAGGUUUCACACAUCACAGCCGAGUUUGAGAUGGAGAUAAAGGAGGAGGAAGCCUCAGACUCAUGUAACGUGGAGUGUAUGCGUGACAGAAUGAAGCAGAAACUGCAGAGUGCCAUGCGAACGCUCAGGAAAUCUAUCAACAAACAGCAGUUCUACAUCCAAUUCUCAGGCACUGAGUACGAGGUGGCUCAGAAACAGUCACGAUUACCAGAAGGCGCUGAGCCCUGCAGCACAGGACAAGUCCUACAAGGUGGAAAGUGUGUGAGCUGUGGUUUGGGCACAUUCUACAGUGGAGAGCAUGAGCAGUGCGUUCAAUGUCCUCCCGGAACAUACCAGGACACAGUUGGUCAGCUGUCUUGUGAGCCGUGUCCCAGUACUGAUGGACAGGGCAUUGCUGGAGCUAAGAAUGUAUCGCAGUGUGGAGGUGACUCACCAUAUUAUGUUCGUUUCACAAUGUUUACCUUUGAAAAUGUACUUUAUAGACCUUUUAAAGAUGAACUGAGGUCAGACUUUGCAAAUUUCUAUCUGCUCCAUCUGAUACUAAGGAUUGGUAAUG